AUGACGAGUCACGUGACAGCGCACGAUGUGGGCGGCAAUGAAGAUAUUGGGACCGACCACGUGCCGUGGUACAAGCAGCCGCUACCCUUGUGUACGCAGGUGAUGCGGUUUAUUCUUUUGCUGCUGCUCACGGUGAUGUUCCUCGGCGUGGCUAUUCUCGUCGCAAACGCACGUAUGCCGGACCCCGAGAAGGUGCGCCCACUGCCCGAUCUGCUUCUCGAGUCGAUUCCGAAAGUGGCACUUCUCGAGAAUGGCACCAACGUCAUCAUCUUUCUGCUAAACGCGACGACGGUGGUGGUGGGCUUCAAGGUGUUUUUGCUGGAGCGACACAUGAAUGGACUGCCCAGGGUUACGUUCUUGGUGGGAGUCCCGAAGAUCGGUUCCUUUCUAAACCGCAUGGCGUUUGGCGUUCUCGACUCGGGGCGGCGUCCCUUCCCGCUGAAGAAUGUCUUCCCGAUUAUGGCAAUUCGCUUCCUGACGUCGUACGCCGUGGUAAUGGUGUUCCGCGCGUUUGUGAUCAUGGGGACGUCGUACCCGGCAACCGACAACCACUGUCAAAAUCCGCAAGUGAUUGAGCAUCCGGUACUCAACGUUAUCCUUACCCUCGUCACACUUGGCAGUGGUGCGAUCCACUGCGGUGAUCUGAUGUUCAGCGGGCACACGAUGAUCCUCAGCCUCGCCUUCAUUCUAGCGUGGGACUACAGCCCUUUUCUGCACCCGUGGGCGGUGCGUGUGUGGGUGUCCGUGCUUCUGCCCAUCAGCUAUUACUGUAUCCUUGCCUCUCGCUCCCACUACACGGAUGACAUCCUGGUGGCGAUGUACGUGAUGAUCGCGACGUAUAAGGUCAUCGAUCACGCGGAGACCGGCGCGCCGUGGCAGAUGCAGCUGCUGAUUCGCUGGAUGCCAUGGCCAGGCGCAAACACGAUCGAGAAAUGGACGGCUGAUGAGGUUGUGGUUGUUGUUCAAACGCCUGCCGAAGACUCGACUGAUGCGUCGGCGGCUUUGCCUGAGCACUAA